AGUAUGCAAUUUUUUUUCUGCAAGAAAUGAUAAAUGAUAUAACUGUAAAAGAUGGGAAACAGUCCUUUGAGAUAUAAAGGUCGCUGGGAGUGCCAACAAGGAUAGUUUGGAGAAAGUCAAGAAAUUCGAAAGAGCCCGGCUGACCCAGUUCAGCCUAAGGUCGAGGCCAGACCACAACAUCGUAUCAGGAGCUACGUUCACAACUCUUUCCGCGAAGUGCGUAGGUCGUUAUUAACGUCCUCUGCUAACCAGUACAGAGAAGACGCAGGAGACGGGGUCCGAGAGGACUAGAUUUUCUUACCUCGUAUGGAUAUUUUAGCAAAGAAACUACGGACUCCAGAGCACACAUCUUAAGAUUGGCAAAGCUCGUCGCUGCAUAAUCUUAAAUGGCGCCCUUCUUGCUCGAUAAGCUAGCAACACUUUUGAUGACUGCUUCCAUAGUACUGCUUCUUGUACUUCUUUUACUGGUGCUUAUUGUGUGGAAAGAGCACAGGAAAUAUGACCAUAUUCCUGGACCUAAACGGAGGAGUUUCUUACGUGGAAACUUCCCAGAAGUUGAAGAAAAAGGAAAGCUUCUUUCUGAACUGUUUCUAGAGCAUGCUCUUGUGUAUGGGCCUAUAUUUGUCUGGUGGUAUUUUUUCUGGCCAAUUGUGGUAAUAUCAGGCCCAGAAUUAAUAAAGCAUGGUUUAGUAACUUUAAACCUUCCAAAGGCACCAUCAUCGUACGACAGUUUAGCAUAUAUAUUUGGACGACACAGAUUUCUUGGCUCUGGGCUGGUUACUCAGUUGAAUCAUCAAAAAUGGAAGUCAAAGAGAAACCAAUUAAAUCCAGCCUUUCAUCGCAGUUACUUGAAGGAUCUUGUCCCACAGUUCAAUUCUAUCGCAGAUGCUCUUAUUUCAAAGCUGUCAAAAGUUGCUGAUGGGAAAACUGUCAUUAAUAUGGUGGAUGAAUUCCAAAAAGUGACUUUGGAUGUCAUUGCAAAGGUUGCAUUUAGCCUGGAUUUGCAUUGCUUGGAUGAUCACAACUGCAAAGUCCAUAGAAAUCUUAGUAAGUGUCUGGAAGGUUAUUCAGAGAGCUAUUACCAGCCUCUACUGUCCUUGUCACUUUACAAACAAUCGUACCAGAAGACCAUUUCCAAAUCAAUAUCUGUUUUGCGUCAAUGCGCAAAGGAAUGUAUAGAACAGCGACUGCUAGCCAUGGAAGACUCUAAGAAAAGGCCUAACGAUAUACUCCAGAUGAUCCUGGAGGCUUUUGAUGUGAAUUCAAAGAAUAGUCAUGCUAUCAUGGAAGAACUUGUGGAUGAGUUCCUCACAUUUUUCUUAGCAGGUCAAGACACAACAGCAAACCAACUAAGCUUUACCUUGCUAGAAACUCUGUUGAAUGAAGACAUUGAAAACAGGAUAUUUCAGGAGGUGGACAAUGUCAUAGGAGGAAAAGAGAGUGUUGAAUUUUUUGACAUUGCAAAGAUGCAGUAUCUUGGGCAGACACUUAAAGAAAGUCUACGAAAACAUCCAGUUGUGGGGGGUAUUGCCCGUGUCACUACAAAAGCUGAGAAAUUUGGACAAUAUUUAAUACCUAAAGGAGCAAACUUACACUUUUCAAUAUUUGUCUCUCAUCACCUUCCUGAAUUCUGGGACAAUCCAGAAAGCUUUCAUCCAGAGAGAUUUGCAGACAAUGUUAAGCCUUCAAACUUUGUUUACCUUCCAUUUUCUUGUGGUCCAAGAAUUUGCAUUGGAAAGGUUUUCUCAGCUAUCAAUGCCACCAUUAUCAUGGCACGCAUUUUUCAAAAGUUUAAAUUUCAGUUGGUGCCUGGGCAGACUGUGCAGCGGGAUGACAAUCUCACAAUUUUCCCUAAGGAUGGAGUCCUGUGCACUGUCAAGGAAAGGAUAUCAGCACUUUGAAUUCUUAAGUAAUGACGAAUGGCCUUAACUGAGAUUCUUCACUGAAAUAUUUAAAAUGGACUCCAAGGUUUUUGAUGCGAAAUACUUUUAGUUUAAAUAGCCUCACUGAAUAUUGUGAACAAAAUUUUGUUGCAAAGUUGAAUGUAUUUAAGUACUUUCCCCACAAAGGAAAGACAAUUACUUUUGAGAUAAUGCAAGUGAAAGGGUUUAUCCUAUAACUCCCAAAAGUGAUUAACAUAAAACUUCUCCCCACAAUAUCCAUACAUUAUUCAGCAAAUACGUAAUGAGAAUAUUCAACCUUAUCAGUAGAAGCUGCCAUCUUGAUCUAGCACCAAGUUCUCACAUCUAAUUUACAAUGAAAUGUGUAGCAGCUACAGGGGAAAAUUAACAAUCAGAUCUUGGAAGUUAAAGGGUUCAUGGCUGCAGUUGAGCACAACAAGAGAUACACUAAGGUAGAACAGAAAAAAAUUUUUGCAAGCUUUUGAUCAUCAAGAUCUCUAGCCACUUUUUUGUAAAAUUUCAGCCUUAACCCUUUAACUCGCAGCAGUGAUUAGCUUGUAACUUCUCCCUAGUGUGUCCAUACAUUAUUUAGCAAUUAUGCAAUGAGAAUACUCAAACUUAUCAGGUAGAAGUUGUUAUCUUGGUCAAACACCAAAUUCACGUAACCAAUUUAAUAGGAAAUGUGUAACAGCAAGAGGGGAGAAUUAACAAUCAGAUCUUGAGGGUUAAAGAAGUGAAUCAAACCAAUUUUAGGUAAUCUUUUGUGGUAAUUGAAGGAUGCUCAAAAAUGAUGGUAAUUGAACUGAGUGGAGUGCAAUUUGUUCAAAAAUCAUAUGCGUGACUUCAAAAUCAAUUUAGCACAACAUGGGUUUGAUUUGAAAUCACAAUACAUGGUAUUAUUUCAGACCAAAAUUGCACAACUAAAACUUCAAUUACCACCUGAUAAAUAUCUAUUCUGAAAUUGCAAAAUUCAGUCACUUAAAUAGUGGUUUUUUCAAUCUGUACAUUAGUAAUUUAUUGAUCCAGUUUUGAGCUGAUUUGUAAAAAGUUACAAAACUUGUCUUUCGUUUUCCUGCAAUUUGAUCAGUUUCUUUAAAUAAGCCUUGAAAUGUGAUUGGUGGUUGUUUUUCAGUAAAGCUGUCUCAUUGGUUAGGAAGGAGAUGCAUUUAGAGCAUGAAAUGGUGUGAUUCAUGAAUAAAUCACAUGAAUGAUAUCCAAUCAGAUUACAAGGAUCACUUGCGAUUUCAUAGUGGAUGUAAUAAAAACUGUAAUCAUGCUGAAAGUAUACAUAGAUGGACUUUGGCAUGACAACUUUUUCAAAAGAAUUAUUGUAUAUAUAUAUAUAUAUAUAUUUAAUCACUUAUUUGUUCUGUUUACUAAUUGUGUUCUUAUUUUAUCUUCAGUUGGUAGGCCAUUUAAAGUAUUGAUGGCUACUAAGAACAUAUUUAAGGGUUGCGGCAUAAUGAAAAUACUCUUAACCCUUCAACUCCUGUGAGUGACCAAGACAGAAUUUCUCUAUACAAUAUUAAUACAAUACCAACUAGAUAAGUGAUGUGAAUAAAGAAUAAUAUCAAUUUGGGGAUAAUAAGUUGAUCCAA